AUGACGGGCGGCGAUCCGUGGCGGCUUGAUGGACGACGAGAAGAGGGAGGCGGCGGACGACGUCGCCGAGAUACGGGAGCGCCAAGCUUGCCGGGAGAAGGGGAGCGCCGUCGCGGUGGAGGAGACCGCGGGAGCACCCUGGAGGACCACACGGUGUUUAGACGGGGGUAUUGCAGCGAAGGAGAUAAGGAGAUCUCCUGCGCCGACGAGUCAGUGAAGGCGAGGCGCGAGGAAGACGGAACCAAAGUCGACGAGUACGGCGAGGAGCCAAAGCACCAACGUAUGGAGGCGGGGACGCGACGCGAUCUCCCGGCAGCACCAGGCGCAUCGGAUCAGGCGCCGGCGCGCGACGAGGCGGAGCAAGGUGGGGCGAAUGAAGGAGAUCGUUCGUCAGAUCAGCGAACAGAGCUUGGCGACGACAGCCACGGAAAGGAUUCGGCGCCUGAGCCACAAGAAAAGCAGGGCGACAUGACCGCGGAGGAGGGCGGAACGGAGGGUCGCGCUCGCGUGAUCCGCGUCGGCAGCGCGGAGGAGGGUGGAACGGAGGGUCGCGCUCGCCUGAUCCGCGUCGGCAGCGCGGAGGAGGGCGGAACGGAGGGUCGCGCUCGCCUGAUCCGCGUCGGCAGCGCGGAGGAGGGCGGAACGGAGGGUCGCGCUCGCCUGAUCCGCGUCAGCAGCGCGGAGGAGUGCGGAACGAAGGGUCGUGCUCGCCUGAUCCGCGUCGGCAGCGCGGAGGAGGGUGGAACGGAGGGCCGCGCUCGCCUGCUCCGCGUCGGCACCAUGAUGGGAGGCAGGGAGGCGGGGCGCGCUCGCCUGAUAAGCAUUGGCAACGAGAUAGAAGACGGACUGGCGAGUGUGGCUCGCCUGAUCCGCAGCGGCACAACGAGGGAAGGGCAAGGGGCGAGGCACGUUCGCCAGAUCUGCAGCAUAAGUAGGGAGGGAGAUGGGAGGAGGAGUGGCAUCUGCAAGAAAGUCGCCGCGGGCAUGGAGGAAGAAGGGACUGUUGAACAAGGAAUGAAAUGA